GAGGCACAUAAAAAAUAUUUAGCAGAGAGAUUUCCCUAUAUUGAUUUAGGAGUAAUGUUAGAAGAACAUAUCGCAGGGAAAGAUGUUCCUGGUAGGAUUAAUAUGGACAAAAAUACUGCUGAAUUUGUGCGGAAUCAGCCUUCACCGCGUUUCAUUAAGAGCCACAUGCCUUUCGACCUACUGCCGACCGUCGUAAAUAGCACUUGCAAGAUUAUCUAUGUUUCAAGAAAUCCAAAAGAUGUAGUGGUUUCCUGGUAUUAUUUCCAAAAAACUAUAACACACAUCAGUUUUCAAGGAACUUUCGGACAGUUCUGCAAUAAUUUCAUGAAUAAUCACACGUUAUGUAGUCCAUAUUGGGAACAUGUAAAGGAAGCUUGGGCGAUAAAACACAGAAAAAACAUGCUGUUUCUUUUUUAUGAAGAUCUAAUAAAGGAUUUACAAGGUAAUGUAAAAAAAAUCGCUGCGUUCUUCGAUAAAUCUUACAACGAUGAACAAAUCGCAAAGUUAGUGGAGCAUUUGAAAAUAGAAAAUUUUCGCAAAAAUCCUAUGGUAAAUCAGCCGUUUUCUCCCAAUGUGAUACAACCGGAAAUGUUUAUUCGACAAGGAAUGACGGGUCGUUGGAAAGAAAUGUUCACGCCAGAGAUUGAAGAGAGAUUUAACAAAUGGAUCACUGACAAUUUAAAGGAUACGGAUUUAACAUUUCCAAGUUAGAUAUGUUAUACAAUAUAAACAAUUAUAAUUUAUAAAGUAUUAUAUGAAAUUGGCAUUUUCCAAUUAAAUUUGUUAAACGAUAUAAGUAAUUACAAUUUAUACAUAAUAUGGAUUUGGAUUUCUUAAAUUGGAUUUAUUACACGAUACAAGCAAUUGUAAUUUAUAAAGGAUACAGA